CAGCGCUUCUAGUCUUUGGCGAGAGUAUCAGUACAUAAACAUAAGUAUGACAUGGACACAAGCUCAGAGUUACUGUAGACAUAGAUUCACUGAUCUGGCUACUGUAGACACAACGGAUGAUGUGAACAGGAUGGUAGAUUUAGUGAAUGAAACCGAUGGGUACAGAGGAUUAGUAUGGAUUGGACUGCAAACAAGUAUACAGAGCAAUUGGGUUUGGUCAAAUGGAGAAGAAAACAUUUCAUACAUUCCAUGGUACCCAGGACAACCUACUAUAUACCGUUGUGCUUCAUUUCUCAAUUAUUAUUGGUACAGUUUUCAUUGUGGAACCACAUUUCCUUUUGCCUGCUACAAUGAAAGCACUAGAUACAUUAGAAUAUAUAUAUGGAAAAACUGGACAGAUGCUCAGAGUUACUGCAGACGGUAUUACACUGAUCUGGCCACUAUACACAACUCUCAAGAGCAGCAACAGAUACGUGCAGUUGUCGGAGAUGGUUUUUACUGGAUGGGUCUGUACAUAGAAUUUUGGCAGUGGUCUGAUAAGUGGAACCUCACCUUUAGAAACUGGGAAGCAGGACAUCCAUUCAUAAGUUCUGGUGACUGUGUUGCCAUGUCAACAAUUGAUUCUGGUAAAUGGGUUCAAGACAUCUGUUACCAAAAGUACAAUUUUAUCUGCUAUGGAGAGGACAGGUUAUUUCAAAGACAGAUUGUCAGACUGAACUUCUCCAAUGUUGGAAAUCUGAACUUGAAUGAUCCUUCUUUACAGACUACCAUUCUGAAUAAGAUGAAUGAAAAGCUAAAGAGUGCUGGUCUGAAAUUCACAUACAUAAGCUGGAAAAUGGAUCAAGGUGGAGAGGUGUUUCAUCUCAACAGCAAACGUGCAGUGAAUUCAAGUACUACAUGUGAUGCGAACAUUCCACUUGAAAAUUAAAACAGCCUCAAGAAAAUAUAAACAAUACAUAUUUCAUGUUGCUAUAUACAUACAUUUUAUAUUUGCAAAUAACAUUAAUAAUUUUUAUAAAGUUGUGAACUCUUCCCAUUUUCAGGUAAUGUUUAGACAUGUGGAGCAGUUCAAUAUACAGCGGUCUUUAAAUGUCAAUUGUUAGAAUGAAGUCAUUUUUUUUUCAGUGUAAAAUCAGCAUUAAAGUACAUUGUAUAUUUAUAUCGAGAGUAGCAAUUUGAGCAAAAACACUUUAUGGAAAAAAAAAACUUUAAAUCUCUCUCUUAAAUAUUAAUGAAAAUAAAUGUAUUUGCCAAAAAAGCUGCACGUGUAGUUUUAUUUUUUAUGAUUUAUAUCACACCAUGUUUAUUAUUUUGUCCAGUUAUUUGUUUAAGUAAAUUAUACAACAAUAAUGCAUGCUUUCUUAAAGGACAAGUUCGGUAUUUUACACUUAAAGCCCUGUUUUCAGAUUGUUUAUGAUGAAAUAGAACGGUUUUGACUGAAAUUUCGACAUUUGCGGCUGCCCCGAGAAUUUUUGGGUGUUUGUGUUUCAGCUCCUACCUUUACAAUGGGUUUAAUGGUGCACUGGAACAAUCCUUUCUAAAAUGCAUUAAACUUUCAUUUACAAAGACGUGAAACUUAUCGAGUGGUCAGGGGUGUUCAAUGAUAUGCUCACACAAAAAUCGCGUUAAAAGAUGCUUUCCAACAGCUGUUUUAGCAUUCGUUGUUAAUUUGUGGACCUAUUUUUCCAAACGCCUUACACCCGUACAUUCUUCCGCUUAGAGCUUGAAUAAUAGACACUCCAGCCCAGUUGGUGGCGCUAAUCCGCCAUUGCCAAUUGCAAGAAUAGAAACAAAGUUCCCGGCGCGGAGUAAUACCGUACCUCACAGCACAACUAAUACAAGUCAAUGGAGUUGGCAAAAACUACGAUAAAAUCGUUGGAAUGCGUAUUUUGCAGCGAUUUUUGUGUGAGCAUACCAGUGAACACCCCUGACCACUCGGUGAGUUUCACGUCUUUGUAAACGAAAGUUUAAUGCAUUUUAGGAAGGAUUGUUCCAGUGCACCAUUAAACCCAUUGUAAAGGUAGGAGCUGAAACACAA